GGCGAGUUGAAGCAUUCCUCUUCAUGACGGACGUGUGACAUAUCCGCCCAGUCACCUCACGGACUUGUCCGUGGUCACAGCGAUUAUCAAACGCAGCUCAUCUACACAGUUUAGGACAGUCAUGAAGCCAGAAGACUUGCAAAUUUUCAGCUGAGGCACAGUCGCUAGCUACCCUGACCAAGGGGAUCAUCAUUCUGAAUUUCUUCUGAACAAUAUUUAUCAUCACGAACAGGUGGUGAAGGUGGCCACUGCAGCACUUGAUAUGGAGGCAGAAGAGGUUACAGUUGUAGUUCAUGGAGGAAGACGUCUCCAGGGUAAGAAGCCAGGGAGGUAUAAGUUUUCUGUCAUCUUUGGUGUUGGCUCUAAAAAAUACCGGACGAGUGUGGUGAAGGAGCCUACUGGAAACCCAGACUGGAAUGAGGAAUCUGUGAUCCCUGUCCAAAUCUCAAGUGAUAAUGUGUUCUUCACGGUGACAGAAAAAGAUGAUGUUUUGGGCCAAGUUCAAAUCCCCAUCACUUCUCUUCAGACUACCAAGGGACAUGUCCGCAAGCUUGCUUUGAAGCCUCACAAAAAGUGCCCUGUCCCACAGGGAGACCUAAUUUUUCAGUGUGAUGUUAGUAAGAUCCAUUACAGGGUCAGUUAGCCACAGAUCAAGAGCACUAGCUCGUUAGGCAGUUCUCAGCAGAAUCUGUCUGCUUUUGCAAAGUUAAAACAAAAUCUGCAGUCUCCGGCACUGCCUCAUCGCCAGAUGAAACGUGACAGCAAGGACCUUAGUGGGGAGAAGGAGGAGAAGAGAAAAAGCAGCACAUUGGCCAACUUCAACAAAAAGCUGUCUAAGUCUAUUCAUGACAUUUUUCACCUUGGUCGCUUUGGUAACCAUGAUGAUGAUGAGGAAAAAAAUGAACCUAAACUCAACAAAUUUGGCAGCAUGCAUUCUGGACUGAACCGUGUGAGCGAUGUGCCAGUUGUGACAAACAUAAUCCCAAACAUGGCAACAGUUCAUGGAGGUACAAAACUCUGCAUUGAAGGGAAAAACCUAGGUUUGGGCAAAUCUGAUAUCAUGGAGUUUUUGCUUUGCGGAAGUGAUCUUCUUGACACAAUUGAGUUUGAAUCUGAGAACAGAAUCUAUGUCACUACAAAGCCCAACACACCAGGAAAGGGCGAUCUCUGGAUUGAGACUGUAUCUGGUGGUCAGAAUGUCAUUAAAAAUGUCUUCACAUUUGUUGACCGUUCUGCUGAGAAAACAGGAUCUCUUGAAAGACAAAUUCCUCCAGCUCCUGCUGUGAUACCACCUUCCCCAGAAAGAGAUGUGCCACAGCAGCCUUCACCUCUGCCAACUCGUGUUAUACCUACCCUGAAAAUUGAGGGCGAGCUGCGUGUGCAAGAUAAAGUGAUUAGUAGCAGUGAACAUAACCUUUCUUUGCAUCGUUCCUCAUCACAGCAAGAGAAGAGCACGACACUACUUGGCUCCACCACUCUCCCACGAGUGAAAAGCAGCUGCAGCAUGCUAACUGAGCAUGACCGGGAACAACAAUCUGACAAUGGAGGGCGUUUCCGCAAAAAUUACCAGAAGCAUACACGUGGUGCCAGCGAGUCCAUAGUGGCCAUACAGCGAGAUGCAGACGGUCGCACAAGUGCUUCAGAGAAAGCUGAUUUACAAAAGGAGAUUGUGAGGCUAAUGAAAGAAAAUGAAGGUUUACGGAGGGAUAACGCAGACCUGCAUACGUACAUAGAGAAGCUAGUGUCUCGAGUCUUGGAGAAAUGCCCAGAGGUGCUAGCAGCUGAUGAUGGCCUCAAAAUGCCUACCAAAAAAUAAUGGCAUUAUGUUUCUUUCUCUAGGGUGUGAGUGUUUCAUUUAAAUAUCCCACCAAUUCUAAAAUGCAGGCUUGAAGAAAUACUUUUGAUCAAAAUAUUAUUUUUAUACUCUUACUACAUGUGCGUAAAUGAAAUUUUGAGUGUGAGCUACACAAUUAGAUGUAAAGAUUGAAGGUAUGGCUUGUGUGUAGACACACUUUGCAGUAGGACUGUAUGAGCGAUCUGGUACAUUUUCGAAACUGCUUAAAAUCUUAUGGAUAUGGAAAAUAUAUUUACACAUAUUUACAACCAGGUGAAUUCUCCCUUUCCUAUACUAUAUUUAAACAACUGUGAUGUAUUUGGGUAAAAGACCUGAAAUGAAUAUUUUCACAGCAUAUCAGAGGACUCUUGAUUUUUUUUCUCAGUUUAUUAUCGGCCACUUUGCAGCAGUGGGUAUAUGUUAUAUAAUUUGACAGAUUUCAAAUACUGAGAUAAUUUAGGUUCUUAAUGUAAGAAAAUGUAAUAAUCACAAGGUAUCCCAGAGGUCAGAACCAAAAGAUUAAUUUAUUACAUGUUUUCUGUUACAGAUAUAUAUAUAUGUGCUCUGUAAUUUGGGUCAGAUUCUAUGUAUAGGGUAAAAAGCAAGUUAAUAAAAUUUUUCUUUUUAAAGCGUUAGGAGCAAACUAUGCUGUGUGAACCUCUUGUUCCUGUCUUGUGGGAUAUCUUUUAAAGAAUGAUAAACUUAGAAAGGCUUUGCAAGAAUAUAUAUAUAUCUGGGAAAAUAACCCGGCAAGUGUUUUGGAACUUUGUUUUGAGUUUGUCAGUAAUUCAUAUUAAUUUACCUUGGUAGUAGGAUAAUAAAUUGUUAUUCUAAUUUUUAAAAUGAAGUAGAAAAGCUUUUGGUAAAACCUGAGUUUGGAUGUGCUAGAAAGUUCCAUAGUCUUGGAUCUUAAAGUGAUUUUGAAACACUAGAUGACUUGGCAACAGAGUGUGCUUAUGUUUAUGCUUGAAUGUUUUUUUCUUUAUCUGCAACCUUAUAGAUAGAUCUCAGUUCAGUCAGUGUUCAAAUCAAAAGUUAAGGAAUUUUGCAGACCAUGGAUGGUUAUUUACCUGAUUCUCAUUUUUUUGAAAUAUGUUGAAUAUCAUUCAUUUAUGAUAUAUCUUUAAAUAUAGAUCUGACCUAUUAUUAGAAGUUAUCUUGUCUGCUUCUUGUGUUUAGAUGGUUUUUAGAUGAUGAUCUACUUGUUCUGUCUGGUUGAGUGUUCUAUGUAUCUAUUAUAUAAUUUGUUUCUCCACAUCAUGUCUUAUGAUUUAUUUCCUUGCAUGCUAACAUAGAAUUUAGCACUUUUUUCAUGAAAAGUUAACUUUAAGCGCUGCCACAGUGACAGAAGCCAGUAUUGUACCAUUACAUAUCUGGUUAAUAGCAAGGCAGCCACUGAAGGAUUCCUUCAUGCAUCUCAUAAAGUGGUACCACUAACAAUUCUGAUGUAGCUAGUGACACUUCCAUGUUUUCCUUCCAGGUCUUGGUUUAACUCAGUACAUCUCAGUGAAUGCCUUUUGUGUACCAGUCCUCACAUUCAGUUUCAAUUUUAAUUGAAUUUAGCAUUUUCCUGUUUAAUUAGAGCCCAAUGAGUUAGCUUAUGUCCUUUCAAGUCUAGUACAAUGGUUAACCCCAAAGGUUAUGGUUAUAAGCCAAAGGAAUUUGAUGUUACAAUUGUAGAACAUUUAUUGUCAAAGUCCUGCUGCUUUUCUUUUGCUGUAACUGCCAGAGAGUAACAUCAGAAAAAACAAAAUGCUGCCACUUACUUGCAUUAUAAUCUUGUCUAACAUUACUAAUAUUAGAAAAUCAAUGUUUUUAACAAUCUUAUUUUAAUGGCUUAACACAUAUUUUGAAUAUUUUCCUCAUGAUCUUCAUUUCUCCUUUCCCAGUUUUCACUUCUAAGCUUUACUCUAUCAAGAAAGCAUAUAUUGCAAUAAAUGUGAGAACAUGGUUUGUACAAAUGUUAAUCUUUGAAUGUAGUUUAUAUUCUUUUUAUGGUUGUCUUAAGGAACAUUUUCAAUGAUAUAUUUUUGUAUUUCUUUUUAAAAUGAGAUCUUUUCGUAAUCCCUUUAGAAAAGUUACAAAAUAACCUAGAAUUGUUUCUGGAAUUAAAAGAUCACAAAUUAGGUUCUAAAUGGUAAUAGUCAAAGUAUGUUAUCCAUUGCUGUAAACUAAAUGACAUGGAUAGAAAAAGUCAAUGAGAUCUUUUGCAUUGAAAAUUUUCAGUGACAUUUAGAUUUGUUCAUAUUCAACAUUUUUUUCCCCUGUGGAAAAAAGUUUUCUUAGAAAUGUUUUCUCUUUUGCCUUUUUUCUUAGAUCUCUCUCCUCCAUGAAUAUGUGAGAAUUAUAUCUUAUUUUUGAAUGAUAAUGAAUGAAAAUGUUGAAGUCCUCUCUACACCUAAUUAAACCUUUGAUAAAAUCUUGGAACAGUACCAGAAAGGAUAUAAUCAUGAUUCCAGAUUAUAAAAAUCUAGUCAAUGAAUACACAAGUAAUUAGCUGUUUUGAGUUUCAUAUAUUUGUAAGAGUCAUGCAUUGAAAAUGCUGCAGAAUUAUUGUGCACGUAAAGUGCAUGGUGUAAGGAAAAUUGGCUUGAGAUAAAAGGAAAGCAAGAUUUCUUAACCUGCAGAUGUAUAGAAGAAAAAAUGAGUUGUAUGUUGACCAAGAUAUUUAUCUGCAAAUCUGUUAUCCAUUAUAUACACAAAAUCAGAUAACCAGCAGAAAUUAUUAUUGAAUAAUGAUGUAUGCAGCUUAAACAAGUGUUAAAUAAAACUUAUACAAUCCAGUCAUUAUGAUAUACUACAAAGCUUUGUCAUAGAAGAUGUGAAAUUGUCCUGUAUUUUAUUUCUUGUAUAAAUGAAACAUUAUAUUUACCCUUUACUAAUAUUGUAAUGAUGUUUCAAUUGUAGACAUUCUUGAAAAGCAAUAAUAAUUAGUAGGUCUUAAGCUGGUUGACCAGCAUACUCCUUGUCUCCUGAUUGGCUGAAAAAUUAGUAAAUCAAGAUAACGUGCAUAUGUUGCCUGUAUUGAGAUUUGACUGCAUUUGCGAAGAAUGAUAAUAUAAUAGUUAUGCAUGUCUGAAGAAAGAUAAUAUAAUAGUUAUGCAGAUGUGAAGAAAGAUAAUUAUGUGUAAAGAAAGAUAUAAUACUUAUGCAGCUUUAUGAUGAACUGCCCCAAACAUUUUCAACACUCAGUCUGGAAUUGAGUAUGUUGAACUUAAAAAUACUUUAACUAAACUGUAUGUCGGGAAAUUCUUGCUUUCACUAACUAUUAAAUAAAGUCAUACUAUUUCUAAUUUUUAUUACAAAAAGUUUUGGUCUAUAAAACUGUGCAAUGCACAUUAAGCACCUUAGUUGUUUGUGGAAAUCCAAGUCCUGCACCAAAUAUUAUAUAUAAUAUAUUUUUUCACCUUUAAUUUUCUUUUUCUUUUGAGAUAGACACGAGUGCAUGGGCACAAGGGAAAUAAAAUAUUUCUGUCUUGGUUAUGGUUAUGAUAACCUGAGGCUUGUUUAGGUUUAGUUUUGAGCAUCUCCUUACAUGUAGUAUAAUCACUGGUGAUUUUGAUUACCCUUCCCCACUCCCUGCAGCUAAUGCUGCGUUGUUGAACUUUGUACUUACUCUGACCUUGUUUUGCACAGUACCAUUGAAGUGAUUGUAUAUUAAAUUAGAUGGAAAAUGGUAAAUUUACUUUUUGUCUUUCAUAGUGUUCACUCUUAAAUGCUGUUUAUAUGUUGUAAAAUAAUUAAAAUAUCAACUAGGACUGAAACAACUGAUAGCAUGCCUGUGCUGGCAACUGUCCAAACAUUUUUUUUAAUUGCACAAUAUUGUAAUCAUUUAUAGUUAUGAUAAGCAUAACUGUAUGACAUUUGAUAGGUAUUACAGCAAAACCUAAAAGGCAGUAACAACUGCAGGAGAACAUUAUCUGCAAUAUGUUUUUAAAGUGCACCGCAUUGUCAAGCUCAUGCUGAGAACUAAUUGAAUACUUGUCACACUGAAAAUUUAUAAGAAAGCUUUUAAUUAGGGAAAGCCACCAGUUCUCCUUCAGUUCAGUUCAGAUGUGAAAGUUACUGUACAUCCAUGUCAAAAUUAAAGUACCUUUUACAAACUUGGACAUUGCUGUGGACAGUGUAAACAAAGAGGUAUGCUGUCUCAGCAUAAAACCAAGUAGAUCUUAUGCUGAUGCUAUUAUUAGAAAAGCAAGUCUUUAUAUUUUCAACUAGUUAAUAGUUGUACAUUUAUCACUUUCCAUAUAGCAGAAGCAGAAAAGCAGAAUUAUGUAAAAAUAGUAUUGAGGGUUAAUGGUGCUAAUGGCAAGUAACAUUUUCAAUAGUGGUACCAGGGAAAUCGUAUGUUAAUCACUUUGUAAAAAUUCUUACAGGUUAUUGGUGCAAAUAUUAAGUAAUAUACUGCAUAACUAUUAUUACCAGAUGUUAUUUUAUUGUGUAUCUCUUGCCAAAUGCCUUGCAUAUCAUAAUAACAUUACCUUUCCUAAUACUACUGACUAGCUGUGACCAUACAAUCUGUGGUGUGAAAUAUUCCAGUCAUUCUGUCCACUUGCUGUGUUAUGUAUUAAUCUCGUGUACAUAUUUUCUUCAUGGGUGAUAUUUAUUAUUAACAUUUCUUACAUCGGUAAUGUCUUUUUGACAGGUGUUCGGCUGUUUUUAUUGUCCAGUAUUGUUUCUUGUUUUGGAGGCAAAAAGGAGCUAAAAUUAGAGUGACACAAGAGUAUCUCUAAUUUCAGUUGCUUUAACUUUGUUAUAAAACAAGUUGACUUUAACAAUAUACUCAUCUUCCUUUUGCUAAAAAUUUCUUGAUAGAUGUAUGGAUAAGCUGUAUGGAUAGACAGAUGCAAGUUCAAGUCUUCCAGUCUUUGUACAAAUUUGAAGUUUCCCUUUCAGUAUUUUUGUUAGUACAUUGCAUAAGAUUAGAUACAAGCAGGUUAGUAGUAGCUUUUGAGAACCAGAAAACAUUCUAGCCUUGUUUCUUUGUCAUCGUCCAUAUUAUUGGUAGGUUGUAUUCUAUAGAAGAUUUAAAAAAGCUAGUGCCUAGUGUCAUAAAAGUAUGAAAUCAUUACUAAUUCCAUCAAAGAAAGUAUCAUUUUUUUAUAUAGUGUAUAUGUCCCUUGCCACAAAGAAAUUCAAACUCACUAGCUGAAACCUGUGAUGAUGCAGGUUGAGAGUAAUGUUGAGAAUAAAGAUAAAUAUUUAUUUGAUGUCCCAGAAGAAUAAUGAGCAACAGUGUUCCUUUCACAACGUGCUGCCAUUUUAUGGUGUCCAGGCAGUAUAAAGAAAGUAGCUUGAUUUAAGGAAAAAACAUUGCUUUAAAUGCCUAAAUUAGCAAAUAAUAGGUUGGGAGAAACUUCAAAAGCAUUGAUUUUUAUGUGUGGUUAAUGCAUGCAUAGUGAAAAAAAGGGAUUAAAAAAUUUUUUUUUGACUUGUUAAAACAGUCUAGCUUUGGCUGAAUAUAUAUUUAUGUCCUCUGUCAUUAGUAGGAAAGAAGAAGUGCCGCAAUUUAAAACGGAAAGUAUGUGACUGCAUUAUUUAACAUGCAGUUUCAGAAAGUAGUGACUGGAUUCUUCUUAAUGCGCUCUUUGUAAAAGUUUUACAAAUGAGGUUUUUUUGGGAGUUAAAGUGCAUAGCAUUGAAAGCGUUCAAUGAUAGUGUUUAGUCAUUGAUGCUCCUGCAGCUUGCUUUUUUUUCUUUCACGUUCCUGAGAGCAUGCCUGUCAGACCUAGUUUUUUUGGUGAUUAUGAAAUGCUAUUUUCUCCUUGUCAGAUUUUUUCUGCUAGUGUGGCUCCUUAACACUACAGAUUUGUCUGUGCCCGCUUGUGUAGUGGGCAGAGCUGCAGACCAAGUGGAGUGUGGGCCUGUGUGGUAUGGACAGCUGUCAUUGUGUGACAGCUCCAGGCAGUACAAAUGUACAUGCAGUUGGCAUUGCCCAGUGUGCAGACGGUCUGAAUUCUCUGCUCCUUUUGAUAAAGAGUAAUGAAGUAGUACUGCAGCCAUCAAAAGAAGCUACCCCUUUCUAAUAAGUUUUAUUUUCAUAUCACUGACAAGUAUUUUAUGAUAGUAGUGUGCUUUAUAAUUGGAGAUUAUUAAGUGUGAUUCAUUUUUCUUGAGCUGACCAGCUUUCAAACUACUUUUAAGAGCUUUAUUAAGCACUUAAGUAUUUUGCAUUAACAGGCAUUGAUCCAAUUCAGAAUUUGAAAUAAGUUUUUAUGGAACAUUGUGGCAUUGGCAUAGGCCUCUACACAUAUCAGUGUUUAGACAGUGUUAUACUGCAUAAAUGCAGUAAUAUUUUUAUCAUCCAGGUUGUGAGUCUAUUGUCUUUCUUUCAUCCUGCCAUUAUGAACUAAGUAGUGUUCUGGACAAAGACAUUGCAUUGUCUUUAGUUUGGAAGGAUUUGGAAAAGCUUGUGGGAGCUAAUUUAGAAAUGGGUAUGCACUUCAUCGGGGUGAAUAGUUCUAUUUUUACCUGAGGUGUGCUUUCAUCUUUGAUCUCAUAUCAUCUGUUACUAAUCGUCUGCGUGAAAAUUUCAAUAGAUCUGGACAACUGAUACAAAAUGUUGCUCUUGUGGCAUAUCUCCUUUAAUGCUUGAACUUAAAAUUUGUUAAUGUAUUGUCGUCCUAAUGUGUAUGAAGUGCUGCAUGAUACUCCUCAUUAAGGCUUCUUUGCCUGCUAACUAUUUUUGUAAACUGUACACUAAAAUUACUGAGUAGAUAUACUUUUGCUACAAUGAGAUACAUGUUAUGUAUAUAAUUUUGCUCUUGUCAUUUGAUUAGUAUUACUUUUAUCUAAAAGAAACUUUACACCACCUUGUCCAUCAUUCAAGUUAGAAAGUAAAUGGUAAAGAAGUAAAUUCUUGAAACUGAUGAAGCAUGCAUAGAUAUUUAAGCAAAGAUGAAAUGUGUAUUCAAAGAUAAAAAUAGUAAUGCAAUUUAUUUUUUCAAAAUUCAACAUUCCAGCUCAUGUUCUGAAGGUUCAUGGGUCUACGAUGAUUAGGUGACUUAAGGCUGUAUGGAAGAACUAAGACCUAAUAACGUUAUUUGCUAAUGAUAUUUGUUUGGAAAACUGGAGUUUUGGAUGUAUGCUUUUAAUUAAAGGGUGGUACUGGAAAUAAAAUAAAGCUAUAUGCG